UGCCAGUGCUAUAAAAAGAGGGGAAGUUGCAAGUAACCCAACUUCAACCCACAAGAUCGUGGCAUAACGCUAGACAAAUCGGGUUGAUAAUGAAUACUUUUAAAACUAUUAAAAAUGCAAUAGUUUGUUUCGUCCUGUUGCCUCGUUUUUUGGUGGCAGCUGUCAUGUUUUGGCUGCUUGACUUUUUAUGCAUAAGAAAAAGAGUGUUCUUCAGGAUGAAGGAGCAGGAGGGCGAUGCCAUUGAUCCUCCUCUGUGCAUAUCGGACUCCAAUCGGCUCUUCAGCCUUGAGUCCCUUAAGGCAGUCUGGCACGGACACAAGCUGGACUUCCUGAAAGCAGCUCAUCUUGGACAGGUAGCGCCCAACACCGAAGUUGUCCAGCUGGAGGAUCAGCGGCGCAGCCGAAUCCUCGACUACGCACAGGACAAGAGACCGCUUAUCCUCAACUUUGGCAGCUGCACCUGACCACCGUUCAUGGCACGUCUGAAGGCUUUCCAGGAGGUUGUGAGGGAGAAUGCAGACAUAGCAGACUCUUUAGUUGUAUACAUCGAGGAAGCACACCCCUCCGACGGCUGGAUGAGCACCGACGCGCCAUAUCAGAUCCCCAAACACCGGUGUCUGGAGGACAGGCUGAACGCUGCGCAGCUGAUGCACCUGGAGGUGCCCGGUUGCCUGGUCGUGGUUGACAGCAUGGAAAACUCCUCCAACGCUGCAUACGGAGCUUAUUUUGACAGACUUUAUAUCCUGCAGGAGGGAAAGAUAGUUUACCAGGGUGGCAGAGGACCUGAGGGGUAUCGGAUCUCAGAGCUCAGAGACUGGCUGAAUCGAUAUAGAGACGGGCUGGAAAGAUCCAAUAACCAAGUUAUACACGUGUAGAUUAAUUUUCACACUUUUAGAGCUGCUACUUAAAAAUAAAACAACAUAUGCUGCAUUUUUCAGUAUUGUAACUACCCUUAGAUAGAUUUUCAUUAAUGAUUUAAGUGUAUUUAUUUUUUUCAUAAGGGACUGAAUUAAAGAAAUGUGCAGUAUAGGGUGUCCUCCUUCCUUUAAUACUGGACAUCUAUACAUCCUCUUAGGACCCACCUGCAAAAGGUUAGUUUGGACUUUGGUGCCGAACACAUGCACUUUGUAUAUGUCUGUAUACGUUCUCUUUUCUCCUCGUGGAAAUGCGCCUCUAUGAUUUUUUUUUUCCCCCACUCGGGACUUAGAGAUGUGCGCAUCACUUUGCUCACCAGUAUUGUUAUGAAGUUCGGUUUUUAAAUGGGAUAAAUCCAGAGAACCGAUAUUGAUGUUUUCCAUACUAGUGAGCAGAGUGAAGAUGGUUCUCUCUGCCUUGCGUGGCGCAAAAAGACUUUGUAAAUGUUCCGUUUUAUGGAUGGUAUUUUAUUGUAUUCAAUAAAUUCUUUGGUUUACUCCUUC